AUGGCUUUUGGCGCAUUCGUUCGUGCAAAUCCUGCUCUGGCUCCUCUUUUCUUAUUUGCCGGUGGUGGUUGUGCUGCUGCUGUUACAUAUCCACUAUACUUGCUCAGGACUCAUCCUGAAAUUCAAAUUGACAAAAAGAAUAACCCAUAUCCUUGGCAGCACGUUCAGCAGCAUCAGCAUAUCAAGUUUAUCAACACGUAUCCCGAGUUUUACGAGAAGCGCAAGAGCCUCAAAACUCCAAGUUAUUAA